AUGGCCCGCGAACCGGAGACAUGGGACAAAUUGCGCAGAAUUAUGAUGAACGGAGCAAAAAUGACCAAGGAACAUGGCUUCAGGAAAGUUAUCGCCGAGUUGGAAUCUCUUAAAUCGGACUUGUUACUUGAUAAUGAAUACGAGCAAUUAGCCCAGUGCUACAUUCUUAUUUCGGGAUACUAUGAAAAAAUUGGCAACGAGGUUAAACAGUGUGAAUCAAUGAUUUCUGGAAUGCGAGCAUUUUCCACCGCCGUGGACAACCUGCAGUCGACUAGUAAAAGUCAUUUGGAACUCUAUCAGGUCACCGACGUUUGCUCGUUUUAUCGGAAGUCGAUAGCAUUCCUGAAAAAAUUAAAGAAGCCCCACAUGGCUGGAUUUCUUGCUCUCGAAUUCGCCCAAAAAUUGCGAGGGCAAGAUGAUGAAGCUGUUGUUUCAGUUCUCACCGAUGUGACUUCCUUGCUCGCUGACGACUUGGCCGGGUAUUGUGAAUGUUUGGAAAGGCUAAUCGAGGCAAAUGUUAAUCUUGGAUACUGGCUUGAAGCUCUACAAUGGACCGAUUUGCUAUGGAUGAAACUUAUGAAAGAACAAAAUGAAGGAAAGGAGCUGUCAAAGCAACUGAAAGAUGUGGAAAUAAUCACAAUGCUGAUAUUAUUCAAGAAUGAUGUUGAGAAGAGUGGUCGUCAUCGAUUAUUGGCGGAAUUGUAUGGUUGGAAAAACGAGACGAUUGAUAAAAAUCGCAUCAAGUCGCUGCACGCUGAUUUGUCGUGUCUGACAAUGGCCGAAUUUCUGAUUUUCCGAAAGUUUCUGGGAUUUUUGAUUGCCGAAGAAUACGAACAGGCUGAAUCGAUGUUGUUCGAGGUUGGUGAUGAUGAUGAUGAUGAUGCAGAGACACGAGACGAUGCGGGUGCGCAGCCGACCACUCCGCCAAAUUAUAUGGAUCGUCUAGCAACCAACUGCAACUUUGAUGAUCCACCGGGGGAGAAGCUCAGCCUUGAGCUGUUUAUGAUCAACAAGCGAAUCGGAAAGGGACAGUUUAGCGAGGUUUUCGGAGCGCAAUGCAAAUGGAACUGCAUGCAUGUGGCAUUGAAAAAAAUCCAGGUUUUUGAAAUGGUUGACCAAAAAGCACGUCAAGAUUGCCUCAAGGAAAUCGAUUUGUUGAAGCAAUUGAAUCAUGUUAACAUAAUUCGAUAUUACGCGAGUUUUAUUGAUAAAAAUCAAUUAAAUAUUGUGUUGGAAUUGGCGGAAGCAGGAGAUAUGAGCAAAAUGAUACGACACUUCAAGAAGGGAGGACGAUUGAUUCCCGAGAAGACCAUUUGGAAGUACUUUGUUCAGCUAGCUCGAGCACUCUAUCAUAUGCAUUCAAAGAGAAUAAUGCACCGAGACAUCAAACCCGCCAAUGUUUUCAUCACUUCGACUGGAAUCGUGAAGCUCGGAGAUUUGGGAUUGGGCCGAUUUUUCUCAUCAAAGACGACUGCUGCUCACUCUCUUGUGGGAACGCCGUAUUACAUGAGCCCGGAACGAAUCCACGAAAGCGGAUACAAUUUCAAAUCGGACUUGUGGUCAACCGGAUGCCUUCUUUAUGAGAUGGCCGCUCUACAGAGUCCAUUCUACGGCGAUAAAAUGAAUCUAUACUCGCUUUGCAAAAAAAUCGAAAAUUGCGAGUAUCCGCCGCUUCCGGCUGAUAUUUAUUCCGAGCAGCUGCGCAGCCUUGUUUCUCAAUGCAUUCUUCCCGACCCCGCUAAACGGCCGGAGACUAGUGAAGUGCUUGAGGUCGCUGAGCACAUGAAUACAUAUUUCCAAAAAGGGAAACAAUCAUAA